AAGCAGUGCAUUUCUUCGGUUUCUGUUCUUUAAUUGAUCGAGGAUCCUCCAACCAAUAUUCUUGCGAAGAGCGUAGAAAUGCAACACGACGUCAUUCUUUACGGUCGCGGGCCCAGCUCCUGUUCCUGGCGGGUGCGUGCUGCCUUGGCGAUAAAAAAUAUCGAAUACAAGCACGUUAUUCUCAGCAGAAAUGAGCAAGACAAAGAAACCCAGAGGACACUGCUGCAAAUUAAUCCACUACGCCAGGUUCCGGCGUUGUAUAUCGAUGGGCAUACGUUGACGCAGUCAGUGGCUAUUAUGGAGUAUUUGGAAGAGACGCGUCCGGAACCGGCGAUUUAUCCCCAGAAUCCGUUAAGCAGAGCGCAAGUGAGGCAGAUUGUUGAGCUGAUUAAUUCGGGGAUACAGCCGCUGCAGAAUUCCGGCGUAGCACAGUGGUGCAGCAGCGACGAAGCAAAAAGUACGGAAUGGCAGGUGUACUGGAUUGAAAAGGGAUUGACCGCACUGGAAAAACUUCUGAAGCAGACUUGCGGCAAGUACAGCGUUGGCGACGAGAUUACCGCAGCGGACUGUGCGCUAGCUCCGCAAAUGUUCUCAGCAAGGAGAUUUGGUGUGGAUGUCAACAAGUUUCCAGUAGCUACUAGUAUCUACAAGAACUUGCUGGAGGUGGAAGCAUUUCGAAAAACUCACCCCUUUAAUCAGCCCGACGCAUCGGAGCACCAACGUGGGCACAUCGUUUGAAGCACAGAUACCGGCGCGGAUUGCAGUGCAUCCCGACAGCACUUGCCACUUGGCCAUACAGGAAAGGAGAUUUCUUGUAUUCAAGGGUAUUCUUUUAACUGAAUUGACGCGAAUUUGUGUUUAGCGUGAUUUUGUACAUGCUCCAACCAGUACCAUCCUAAACAAUUGAAUAUUUGGUAACCCGUCCUUAUUAUUAACUUGAUACACCACACGAGAGUGAUUGGUUGGGUCUUUCUUUUGUACUGUAGAACUUGAAUUAAUUGUGUGCGGUUUUGUAUGUUCAAGUAGUACAUAAUGUAGUGCUGCCGCUUAAUGCUGUGACAAAAUUGUUAAGUUCGCUAUUUUACAGUAGCGCCAA